AUGUUUCUUAUCACAAUGAUGUCUUGGCAGACAGUUGCUGGCAAGAAUUUCAGACCAUAUUACAUGUAUGUCCCAAUUUUCAAAUUUUUAUAUGAAAAAUUCUCAGGCGUACCACAAGGUAGAGCACAAUAUCCACAAGCCCUUAGCAUGUUCAUCAACACCGAAAACCUAAGAAACCUCGCUAUCCCUCCAAAAAUGGGUGGUCCAGCAAAUCAGACAAUGUAUCUUCUUAUUGGCUUUUCAUUACUUUUCUCUGUUAUACUGAUUUUCAUUCCAAAUAGUGUUUUUCAAUUUAUUGGAUUUUUAUAUGGAAUGAGUGCUACAUUCGGAUUUAUGCUCUCAUGUGCAACGUACCAUAAUGCAGGAUUAUUCUCAAUGCCAUUCCCAACAUAUUUAUACGUUUUAUUUACAAUUUUAGGUCUUGCUUCAAUUAUUGUUGAUCCAAUCAGAUUUAUACGUAUGUAUCUUAAAGACUAUCGCAGGAUGGAGUAA